GUGGAAUAAGACACUUAAGUGAGCCGGUGUACUGACGCGUCACUUUGUGUGGACAAUUACAUUAUCUGUUUUUUACUGUGAAAACAGUUUAAUUGGCUGCCUUCUCGGACUUUGUGGGGAAACGCUUUAUUCCUGGCUGUGCAUUUAUUUUGCUGUUUCUGACGCUCCGGUGUACCAGCUGAGCCGGGUGAAAUUACACCCCCUGGACUUUUUUUUGUUACCAAACUCCAAAGAAAAGUCACCAUGGCAGAGACGUCGGCAGCUCCAGCCAAAGCCAAAAAGACAGCCAAGCCCAAGAAGCCUGCUUCUCAUCCCAAAUACUCGGAGAUGAUUAAAGCGGCCAUCGUUCACGACGCGAGCCGGGGUGGAGCGUCCCGGCAGUCCAUCCAGAAGUACGUGAGGAAGAACUACAAGGUGGGCGACAACGCCGAUGUGCAGAUUAAAAUGGCCCUGAAGAGGCUGGUGGCAUCUGGAAUCCUGCGCCACACCAAAGGCAUCGGCGCGUCCGGAUCCUUCAGGUUGACCAAACCAGAGGACUCCAAGAAGUCAACCAAGGCAGCGGCACCUGCCAAACCAAAGAAGGCAGCCAAGCCAGCCAAACCUAAGAAGGCUGCAAAGCCCAAGAAGGUGGCCAAGACGCCGGAAAAACCCAAGAAGGCAGCUGCAAAGAAAGUGAAAAAGGUCACGAAAAAGCCGACACCUGUGAAACCCAAAAAGGCAGCAGCGAAGAAAGCUAAGCCAGCAGCCAAGCCCAAGGCAAAACCAGCAAAGAGGGCAGCCAAGCCCAAGCCAAAGCCAUCCAAAAAGGCAACCAAAGGAAAAAAGAAGUAAAGGGACAAUAUCAGAGACAAAGUCACUGUAAAUACUUAAGGAAAUGUUUUCGUAUAUGUAUUAUUUUUGUAAGGUCUCAUGCAAACUUAAGCUGUUUUUACCAGUAGUUUCCUCUCCAUUGCACUAUAGCCUAUAGAUGCUGUAGAAAUAAUUGUGAGCAUUUUUAUUUGGCGUUAAUAAUACUGUUAAUUUCUGUCACAUCCUUUGAUAGGCUAGACCUGGGUCUUGCUUUAAAAGGGACAAACAUGUAUAUACAGUUGAACUUAUGAGUAGCUGUUAGUGCACGGGGUCAUACUGAAAAUACAAAUGUGACAAUGGUGAGCAUUGUUGAGCCUUUACAAUGUACAGACCAGAGGCAGUGGACGUCAGCAAGAUUUUCCUAAAGGCUCCAUAGUUGUCAUUCAAGCUCCAUUCUGUAUAUUUACUCAUGUUCAGACGACUCUUAACAUACAAACAUCACACUGUGUCCAGUCACUUUUGAAGACUGUUUAUACUGCAAUUCAAUAAACCUUUGUCAUCUUCUACAAAAA